UCUGUUACUAGGGCUCUAGGUAAUGUUGCCAAGUUCUUCAGUCCCUCAGGUAGAUCCUGGGAAGGAGGAGGAGGCGCAGCUGCUGGAAUCCUCGAAAUAUCAUAGAUCCGACGCCAAUGGAGCAGCGCCGGCGCAAUUCGGCGCUCCCGGCAAUGGAUCCGCGACGGGCUACUCGAUCCUGGAAAUAUCCACAGGUGAACGGCAAUCCAGCAGCAGUAGCUCGGGAUCUGGCGUCGCUGGCGCCGUUUUCAACCUCGCGACGUCGAUCAUCGGCGCGGGGAUCAUGGCGCUGCCAGCGACGAUGAGAGUUUUGGGGGUUCCGCUGGGCGUGGCGAUGAUCCUGGCGAUGGGCGUGCUCUCAGAGAUUAGCUUGGAGAUUGUGGUGAGGUUCUCGACGCAACUCAAGGCCUGGAGCUAUGGUGAGAUGGUAGGCGCGGCGUGUGGACGAGCAGGGAAGCUCGUCUCGCAGGUGUGUAUCAUAGUCAACAACAGUGGCAUUCUCAUCGUUUACUUGAUCAUCAUAGGUGAUGUUCUCUCGGGAUCUUCCAGUGGCUCUUCCCACCACCCGGGCCUCCUCAAGAGCUUGGACAGAAGAUUGGUGCUCCUCGCCACCAUGUUGCUCGUCCUAGCGCCGCUCUCGUCGCUGAAGCGCAUCGAUUCACUCCGCUUCUCCUCCGCGGCUUCGGUAGCUCUAGCGGUGGUGUUCGUCAUCCUCAGCUCCGGGGUGGCGGUGGUGAAAGGGAUCCAGGGAAAGCUCACGACUCCGCGGUCACUUCCGUCGCUGGCAUCCAGGAAAUCGGUGCUGGAGCUCCUCACCGUUGUCCCGAUCAUGACCAACGCAUUCAUCUGCCACUUCAACAUCCAGCCGAUCUACUGCGAGCUCAAGAACAGGUCUGCGGCUAGGAUGAACAAAGUUGGCCGGAUCUCCACGCUCCUGUGCAUGAGCGUCUACAUCGCCACCGCGCUGUCGGGCUACCUCCUCUUUGGCGAGUCCACGGCCUCGGACAUCCUCUCCAACUUCGACCACGACCUGGGGAUCGCGGACAGCACGCUCAUCAACGACGUCAUUCGCAUCGGCUACGUCCUCCAUCUCAUGCUCGUCUUCCCGGUGAUCCACUUCUCCCUCCGGCAAAACGUAGACGCGAUCCUCUUCCCGGAUCCAAAGCAGCAGCUCGCCGACAGCACGGUCAGGUUCUGGGCUCUCACGGCGUCGCUGCUCGCGAUCGUGUUUGUGGGAUCGGCCUUCAUCCCAAACAUCUGGAUCGCGUUCCAGUUCACGGGGGCCACCGCGGGGCUGUCUCUGGGAUUUAUGUUCCCGGCGCUGGUGGCGUUGAGGUUGAGCAAGGCGAGGGAGAAGGGAUUGGAGUGUCUGGCGUGGACAAUGCUUGUCCUUGCUGGGGUGGCCAGCUUCCUUGGACUGACGACCAACAUUUACAAUGUUGUGACGCACCAUGUGGAUUGAUUCAAAACAAUAUAAACGGAUAUACUGUCAACGUUGGAAGAUUCU